AUGCCACUUCUGGCCAAGGAAGUCAAAGAAACCUUCAUGAUUGGUCCUUUCUCCAGCCCUCCGUUCCCCUCCUUCAGAAUCAGCCCCAUCGGCAUAGCCACCCGAAAAUACUCCAGAAAGAAGAGACUUAUCAUUGACCUAUCAUCCACACAUGGCUCCACCGUCCCUAGCAUCAACAGCCUCAGCCCAGAUUUUUCCAUGCAGUACUCCACCAUUGAUCAUGCCAUCUCCCUCAUCCGCACUGCAGGUCGAGGAGCUUGGCUGGCCAAACCAGACAUCACAAGCGCCUUUAAAGUUCUCUCCAUCCACCCAGAUUACUGGCACCUCUUUGAUGUCUUCUGGAAGGGAGCAUUUUACUUUGCCCAACUCCUCUCACUGUUAGGUCACCCCAACUACGCCAUCCGCAUAAUCCCCCAAGGUCGAUCCUUCCUUUCACACCUCCUCUUGAUAGCCACGUCCACCCCAAAUCUCCACGACCACAUCAUGCUCAAUGAAGCCAGCAAAAUGGAGCUCAAACUCUGGCACCACUUCCUUUCUACAUGAAACGGAAUAUCAUUUUUCUAUGACAACCAUAUCACCAAGCCAGAGGACAUCCGGCUCUUCACCGACACAGCACCCUCCGCAGGCUUCGGUGGCUUCUACAGUGGCAAAUGGUUCGCAGCCAAAUGGCCUUGUGAAUUUCCAUCUCUCCCUCAUUCCUCCACUAUCCACAAAAUAUACCCCGUUAUCAUAGCAGCUAUUCUUUGGGGCUACGAAUGGUCCAAGAAAACUAUCGCAAUAUACUCCGACAACAGCGCCGCAGCAGACAUUGUUAACAAAGGCCGGUCCCACUCCCUUGACAUCAUGCAGUUCAUCCGUAGGCUCACACUGGUUUCAGCAUAACACCAAUUUAUCAUCCGAGCAUCGCACAUUCCAGGCCACAAAAAUGCCAUCACUGACUCUCUCUUCCGCUUCUCUCUCCAGAAAUUCAAACCCUUGGCUCCAGAUUCCGACUCUGCAGCUGGAACACCUGCCUGCCAAGCUUCCCCCAGAGACCCUCUGUUCAUUUCAGAGACUGGCAGAGUAGCCACGUGCUCUUGGUUCCGCCACCACUUUUGCCAGAUCCUGCUCCGAUCCGGCAUUCCCCCGGAGCCGUACUCGGGGCACUCCUUCCGUAUCGGAGCAGCCUCCACCGCUUCCAGAGAGGAGUCGCAGAGAGACAUUCCCCCACUCAGAGUCUCCAUCCCCCCAGGUUCCCUCCAGGAUCCCUCCCGUCAACCUCAGAACCACUCUACAGAUGGUCCCGCCUCAUCCCCCUCACCUUUCCUCCCCUCAUCCCUUCCUCCCUCCCUCCCUUUAUCCCUCAUCCUAACAUCCCUCAUCCUCCGACCCUCACCCAUCAUCCCUUCAUCCCUCAUCCUAACAUCCCUCAUCCUCCGACCUUCACCCAUCAUCCCUUCAUCCCUCAUCCUAACAUCCCUCAUCCUCCGACCCUCAUCCCAUCAUCCCUCCAUCCCUCAACCCCUCUAA